AGACUCAAUUCAGAGUGGCAUCCACAGGGGUCAUGAAACGGAGCUGAACUUCACGUUUAGGUGAAUUAUCUGCACGCACGGGACCGGGGCUGCCAUUUACACUCACUUUACAGGCUGGACCGCGCGUAGUUCAUCUUUAUCUGAUGCUGCGUAAAAGCUGACCGUGGAAAGCGCUGCAGGCGCUCUGAAGAAAUCGCAUCAGAGGAUACCGCUCAGUGUGAUUUUGCUCCCACUACAUAUAAACUAUAUCGAGCACUUGCGUUUGUUUACACGAGGAGACAAGAACUGUUGAUCCGGACUGACCCGCUUCUCAUCCAAAUGGAUGCGCAAUGAUGGAUUAAUCGCUUUUCGAUGCAACUUUUCCCCGCUGUGCCCUGAUAACCCCUUCCUGAGGAUUUUACGCCAGCAACCUUUACCUGAUUUAUCCUUUCAAGAUGUAUUUGAUAAGGUCACUGCUUAUGCUCUUUCUAGCACUCUUCUCCGCCAAUGCGAGCAACUGGCUAUACUUGGCAAAGCUGUCAUCGGUAGGAAGCAUCUCGGAUGAAGAGACCUGUGAGAAGCUCAGAGGACUCAUUCAGAGGCAGGUUCAGAUCUGCAAGCGUAAUGUGGAGGUGAUGGACGCAGUCCGCAGGGGCGCUCAGCUCGCCAUCGACGAGUGCCAGUUUCAGUUCCGCAACCGUCGCUGGAACUGCUCGACGCUAGAGAGUGUCCCUGUGUUUGGCAAAGUGGUCACACAAGGUACACGAGAAGCUGCAUUUGUGUAUGCCAUAUCUGCUGCUAGCGUAGCCUUUGCAGUGACCAGAGCCUGCAGCAGUGGGGAGCUGGACAAGUGUGGCUGCGACCGCAAUGUGCACGGUGUCAGUCCAGAAGGUUUCCAGUGGUCAGGAUGCUCAGAUAACAUUGCAUAUGGGGUUGCUUUUUCCCAGUCCUUUGUGGACGUCAGAGAGCGAAGUAAAGGACAGUCUUCCAACAGAGCCCUAAUGAACCUUCAUAACAACGAGGCAGGAAGGAAGGCAAUUCUGAACCACAUGCGAGUGGAAUGUAAGUGCCACGGUGUUUCAGGUUCCUGCGAGGUAAAAACCUGCUGGAAAGCAAUGCCGCCGUUCCGCAAAGUGGGCAACGUCAUCAAGGAGAAAUUUGACGGUGCUACGGAAGUGGAGCUGCGCAAAGUGGGCACCACCAAGGUCCUGGUUCCACGAAACUCACAGUUCAAGCCCCACACAGACGAAGAUCUGGUGUACCUGGACCCGAGCCCAGACUUCUGCGAACACGACCCCAGAACUCCAGGCAUACUGGGAACCGCAGGGCGCUUCUGCAACAAGACCUCGAAGGCCAUCGACGGCUGUGAGCUCAUGUGCUGCGGUCGCGGAUUCCACACGGAGGAGGUGGAGGUGGUCGACCGCUGCAGCUGUAAGUUCCACUGGUGCUGCUACGUCAAGUGCAAACAGUGCCGCAAGAUGGUGGAGAUGCACACGUGUCGGUGAUCCAGACUGCAGAACUUAUUCUCACCACUUCCCGACAAAUUCCCCAGCAUUUCAUGCGACAAUAGAGGAACAUGUCAUACAUGAGACUUUAAAAUAUAUGGGCGAAUAUACCCGAGGUCCCAAUUGAGAGUAUUUUUCUCUCUUCUCUUUCUUUUUUUUUUAAAUUGUGGUUGCUCUCUUAUUUUUAUAUAUAUAUAUAUAUAACUAUCUAUCUAUCUAUUUUAACUUAUUGCAAUCAAAUAGAGAGUACAUUUUUAAUGUGACGCGCACCAGAGGAGUGCCAUUGGGAUCAGGAGCAUAUGAAUAUGGAGAAAGGUCAAUGUUCAAAAGCCUUUUCAUCGUUAAUGCUGCUUUAGGGUUUCAUCCUGAAAGAUGGACUUCGGACUAACUGAGAUAUGCAAUCCAGGUCUACAUGUACUUUCCAUAGAGUUUUCCAUAUUCCUGUGAUGCUGCUUGAAUUCAAGAAUCACUCACCGAUAAUGUACAGCAAGUAUUAAAGCAAGGCCUGCUUUACUAGGGAUGCAAACUGGCUCCGAACACGACGGAGUGGAAAUAUAAGUGUCAGCAAGCUGUUUGAAAAUCAAAGUCAUCAGUUAACCAGCUAUUGACGCAGACGGAUGAUUGGCGCUGAGCUGUAACCAUGCAUCUGGAGCGAAACUGACAAACAUAAAUUGUUUACCAGCUUGGGGUGCUUGGACCAUGGAUUCUGUGCACGAUGACUCUAGGACUUUUCCUCUCCAGACGCACAUAAACAAAUAAACAAAUCCCCCAGCAUUCCCUGCUCCAUUAGUCAGACCGAGCGACUGAAUUAUUUAUGUACAAUACCAUAACUCCAAGCUUUUCUAUAGUAAAACUUGCUAUCCAGUAUGCUUUUAAAAGAAACAUAGGUUUGUAAAGACUUACAGUAUACACUGAAGAGGACUAUAUUUCAUAUGAAUGUAUGUUAAAUUGAAAUAUACGCCGUGUCAAAGACUGA